AUGGAGACAAGAAUAAUUUCAAGAACAUUAAGUGAAGAUUUGAUGGAUUUAUGCACUUAUGAUGACGAUUUGAUUAGCCACUCUACGAUUUUAAGAAGUAUUUUUAAUGUGGAUAAAGCACCUGAAAUAAAUAUAACAUUGCGUAGUGAGAGUAAUACACUGUUACUGUAUAAAUUGGAAAUUACAAGAUUCCCACACCAUCACCGUAGCAAGCGAAGUGGUUGGGAGGGGAGUACCUUACAGCAAAAGCUGUCAUCCAAUUUGUAUGAGCAAGCCUAUAGGGAUAAGAGAGGUUUGGAGAUAAGUGUAAAAGUACCUAGAGGUGGUAAGAUUACAACUCUCAAACCUAACGAAGGAAGUGAAGGAACCACCACUGAAUUGUGGGGGGAGAAAGAAAUAACUGAGAAGAGUCCACUUCCUAUCCUGGUCACAGAUAAACCUUUAAGCGAGUGUUCUGCAUUGGGCUCAUCACCAAUUAGAUAA